AUGAGCUGUAGCGCAAGGCACACCGUCUUAACAGCUGGAAGAAGCAGCAGCGGCAGCUGCAACCUUGGUGGAGGGAGGGUGGGGGUCUCCUCGGUCUCCUCUGGACGGUACACUUCCUGCGGGCUAGGCAACGGGAGAGCCAACUUCUCUGGCCGGAGCCAUGUCGGAGGAGGCUCCACUUGUGCCUACGGAGCAGGAAGAAGCCAGUUCUCAAGCGGAAGUUGCAGCGGGGCCUUUGUUGGUGGCGGACAUCUUGGGGGAAGUGCCGGCUCUCAUGCUGGGAGCGUUGCUGGAAGGAGCGGUGCAGUUGGUGGCGCUGGUGGUGGGCAUGCUGGCAUGGUUGGUGGCAUGGGUGGCGUGGUUGGAGGUGUUCCUGCUGGCAUAGUUGGUGGCAUGGGUGGUGUGGUUGGAGGCCCCCAUCCCGGUAUGGUUGGUGGCAUGGGUGGCGUGGUUGGAGGCGUUCCUGCCGGCAUGGUUGGUGGCAUGGGUGGUCCUGCAGUAGUUGGCGGAAUGGUCAGCGAACCUUUCUGCGGAGGCAUGUUCUCUAACCUUGAUGGGAAAAUGACCAUGCAGAACCUCAACGACCGUCUAGCUAGUUACCUGGACAAAGUCCGGUGCUUGGAGGAGGAGAAUGCUGAGCUCGAGUGUCGGAUCCGGGAAUUUUAUGCCAAGCAAGGCCCGCUCUGCGAACCCAAGGACUACAGCCAUUACCACCAGCAAAUUGAAGAUUAUAAGAACCAGGUAGGGUGCCAGUUGACAGCCAACUUUUAGUCAUUCUUGCACGCUUUCCUUUGAACUGACUACAGACAGCAGGCCUUGGCUUAAGCUCAGAUCUGAAAUGGCAGUGGUGUGAAGUCAAUUCAUGAAAGACGAAGGACUGAAAUUCUCUUAAGCUUGUCCUUGGAAUUCCCAAACUCGUUUAGUAGAUGCUCUGUUUCCUUAAAACUCAGUAUUGCUAUUUUUCAAUGUUGAAAGGUUUGUUCAGAUGUGUGAUGUGGACUGUACAAAACUAGAACUGUGAUCAGCAAGACUUAAAAAAAAAUCCUACAAGAUGAUUAUCUUCAUUUCAUAUUGGUGUACCACCUAUGAUGUUCCACUGCAAUUUCUACUGCUAUCAUUCCAACUGCGUGGGAGCCUGUGUAUAGUUUGGGUGGUUUGUGGUUGCAUGGAUGGCGUUUUGCUAGGCCCACAGUGCAGUAGCAGACUGUGUGGUGGAGCAUCGGUGCUUACCUGUCCUCCUGAAAGUGGAGUCGCUGCUGCUUAUUUGGAAGGAGUGGAGGUGGGAUGAUGUGCCAGGGAGGUUGGCAUGACACAAAUGCACUGUCAGGAGUGUGGAUUGGCUUUGUAGAUGUGCUUCCAUCGCAGUGACCUCCCCACCGUGUCUCUCCUUUCCCUCCCCUUCCUGUCAAUCAGCAGUAACUCAUCUGUUGGGAGGUCAAGUGUGCACUGCUGCCUCACCAUGUUGUCUGCUACUGCCAUGCAUGCACGUAAAUGGCAUACUAUGUAGAAAUGGCUUCUACAUGUAGGAAUUUAAGUGGUCUCCAUGCUUCUUGGCACCCCAGCCCAAAAGGAAGCAGAAGGGAGGGUUGUGGAGUGCUGGGAACGCUUAACAUGUGCAAGGCUGGAGAGGGGAGAAUCCAGUGCUGACACAACUCCUGAAGAUAAAAUGGCUACAAGGUAUUAAUUUCUACCCACUUGUGAUCAUGGUGGCUUGCUGACUUGUGGUUCACCUGUGUGUAGAUAUGGAACUAUUAUGGACCAGUUGCACACACUGGCUGAAGACUGGCAUGAAGAUAGAGUAAGGCUGAUAAACAUCUAGCGUCGAUUGAUGCACUCUGAAUCUUAAUACUAGAUCUUCACAUGCAGGGGUGUUAACUGGUCUCUUGUUAACUUUUUCUGUACCCAGCUCAUUUGUACAAGUGUGGAGAACAACAAACUCCUGCUGUGCAUUGAUAACAGCAAGCUGACUGCUGAUGACUUCAGAACCAAGUGAGUACUUCUCAGUAAACAAGGGGGCAUAUGGAACAAAUCUGUGUGCAUUAGAUGGGGUCCCAUUGUUUGAGUGAGGGAAUAUUCUCAGUGGCUCAGGUUGUCUGCUGUUGGGACUGUCUGAAGAUGGGGGUGUUUGUCCUUCCAGCCAUCAGGAAGUGUCUAUUCUGUGGGAAUACACGGAGUUCUGCAGAACUGAAGGCCAUUUCUGCUCUAGGGUGGGGAGCCUUUGGCCCUUCAGAAGUUUCUGGGCUACAGAUCCCCUCACCUCUCAUUAUUAGCUAUGCUAGCUAGGACUGAUGGGAGUUGGAGUCCAUCAACUUGUGGAAGUCCACAGUUUCUCCAUUCCAGCUAUAAGACACAUGAGGGGGACUGUGACACUUUUCCUGGGGCAGCAAAGCCAAGUCUUGACAAUGUGAUCAGCAAACAAAAUCAUCUUGUUUGUUGGAUAUUUCCCUGCAUUUCCUCUUUCUAUGCUCCGUGGCAUACAAUCUCAAGUUGGAGAUGCGUUUCCCACAAUGUGGGAAAGCCUAUCAGAGCUAGCAGCCCUCCUGAAGAUCUAGGCUGUAAGAGCGAUGAUCACAAUUGGCCUUCCCUGCGGAGGGACCAAAAUAAUAAUCCUGCAACGAAUAAUGGAAUUCUCAUGCUCUGCUCUUUGCGGCUUAGGUAUGAGACGGAAUGCUGCCUCCGUCAGAAUGUGGAGGCUGACAUCAAUGGCCUGCAUCAAAUCCUGGAUCAGCUGACUGCCUGCAGGUCUGACCUGGAAGUGCAGUGUGAGAACUUGCAGGAUGAGCUGUGUUGCCUGAAGAAGAACCAUGAGGAGGUGAGGGACACCGUCUUCUCCUUUAAUGAAGUCAACAUGGAACAUGUGGAAUGAUGCUUUCUUGAUCCCAAGGGCAUUUUUGAACAUGGCACAGCUUUAUAAAAUGAGUAGAUUGGAUCUAAGAUGUGGAUAGCUGAGUGCAUUUACAGCCACUGAAGAAACUUUGAUCUAUUAAGUGGCAGAGCAUCAGUCACUAGCAAAACUGCCCAGAGCAGGACUGGGCAAGCUAUGACCCUUCAGUGGUUGUUAGACUACAACUCCUAUCAUCCCCAGCUAUCAGGACAUGCUGACAGGGGCUGAUGGGAGUUGGAGUCCAAUGGAAACUGGAGGGCCACAGCCUGACCACCUUUGGCCUAGGGACUCUUCCUUUCACUUGCAUAGUUAACAUAUCACUACAAUGCAGGAGCCUCUUUAUAUUAAGGGGUAUUCAGUCACAUGCAUUUUGAAGUGGCACAGCCCCAGAAUGGCACUGCCAUUCACUGUUGGUCCAGAGGAUCCAUCUUGUCUCCUUGAGACAGAUCUGCUGCUUUGAGCCUUCAUUGACUUCUAUUAUCAUGAUAGUUCUCAUUAGAGAGUUCAUUGGGGGUAGAAUGGAUAGUAGAAAAUGGGAGGUGAGAAUCUGCCAUGGGGGUGGGCAGAAGUUUCAUUUGGGUUGCAAUCUUUUUUUUGCAGGAAGUCACCUGCCUGAAGAACCAGUCAACCGGCGAUGUCAAUGUGGAAGUCAAUGCUUGCCCUGGACCGGAUCUGAGGAAGAUCCUGGAAGAGAUGAGGUGCAAGUAUGAGGCAAUGAUAGACGGCAACCGCAAGGAGGUCGAAGCAUGGUAUGGAUCCAAGGUAAGCUGUACACCUCCAAGUCCAUAAUACAUAAAGCAGAGGUACAACGGGGACUGUAAAGAAUUCAAGUAAAAUUGAAAAGUGCAAUGGACACAGUCAGUGGUUAAUUCCAAAUAUUUCAAGCCUGCUUGGAUGUCAACCCCUAGACAUGGAGAAACUAUUUACACCUAUUUCUAGUUGCAUAUGGGCUGCUUGCUUAGUUACACAUUGGGGGAAAAUACUCUGAAUACGCUCAUAGGCACUCUCCUUUCACGAUCUCUUACAUUACUACAGAUAUUAUACAUUCUCUAUAGACUGCUCCACCAUAUCAUGUUGGCCAAGCAAGUCUACUCUUAAGGGAAGGUGCUUUUUGGACAAAUAGCCAGCAUGGGAAUCUCUGUCCAGAUCAGGAGUCUAAUUCAGGGGUGGGGCUUAGGGUGUUGUAAAACCUCUCCUUACUCUGGGCCCAACCUGCAUCAGGACCUCUGCAUCUGCAAUUGAUGCUGCCAAAAAGGAUCCCAUUCAUUGGGACACUUCCAUGAGUACUUUCCCCUUUGCAUUGUCACAUAUUUAGAAGGAAGCCCCAGAAAUACCCUCAGUGGGGGGAAACAUAGGAAGCUGCUGCACACUUAGUCAGACCACCUGUCUUGUCUAGCUUAGCGCUGUCUAGCCUGACUGACAAUGGCUCUUCCAAGACUUCGGGCUUUGAGAUGUCAGGGAUCGAACAUGGGACCUUUUGCGUGCAAAGCUGAGCUGCAUCCUUUCCCUAAUUCCACACAUUACAGAUCGAGGAGGUGAAUCGUGAUGUCAGCACCAGCAGCCAGGAGAUUGAAGAAAGCAACAACAAGGUCACGGAACUGAGACGCCAACUGCAAGCCUUGGAGAUCGACUAUGAUGCCCAGUGCAGCCUGGUAAAAGAGAGAGCAAGAACUUCCCUUGGCAUCAUUGAAGCUGCAUGCUGUUGGGGUGGCAGGGAGAGAUAAACCACAGCAGGCAGCAACAUGCCUUCAUGCAAUGAACUGGCUGGCACAAGCCACGACUGGAGAAGGGCAAUGAGAACAAUGAUGAUGGGGAGCUGGUGUGCUCAUCUCUGCUCUCCCCUCUUGGGUUUUACUCUAGACCAGCGGUUCUCAAACUGUGGGUCCCCAGAUGUUGUUGGACUACAACUCCCAUCAUCCCUGAGCUCUGGCCUUGCUAGCUAGGGGUGAUGGGAGUUGUAGUUCAACAACAUCUGGGGACCCACAGGUUGAGAAAGGCUGCUCUAGACUCUAGUUUCAGAAUUCCUGGAGAAGGCUUUAAUCCAGCUUCACCUGCUCUUCCUCCACCCCUCUCCUUGCCAUUGUGCUUUAGUGGCUGAGAUUGAGCCGGGCAACCCGGUGCAAGCUUGCAUCGCUCUGUGCAAGGAAGUGUAGCCCCAACACUAUGCUAAUCAUUGUGACAUGCAGUGCAUGUGGCUUUGCAAGCCCCAGUGAUCAGCUAUGACAUCAGGUGAUGGACAGGUUGGUAACCAGUUUCCCAUGCCUGGGGAAAACCAUGUUCACAGCCCAGCUCGCUUAUGGAUUUUUACUUACAGUGUAAAUCCAAUGAAAGAAAAAGAACAUCUUGCAAGGGAAUAUUUCUGACGCUAGUCUGUGUCCCUCGCUCCUCCCUCCCUUUUGCCAACUAUAGCCCCAUUCAUGCCAUACAUUUAAAGCACUAUGAUUCUACUUUAAACAGCCAUGGCUUCCCCCAAACGAUUCUGGGAGCUGUAGUUUGUUGUGAGUUCUGAGAAUUGUUAGGAGACCGCGCCUCCCCAUUCCCCUCGCAUAGUUCCCCUCUCCUGUGAAGAGGGGUUGAUAGUUAAAGCACUGUGGCAACUGCAGCUCUGGGAGGGGACUAGGGGUCUCUUAGCAACUCUCAGCACCCACAACAAACUGCACUUCCCAUAAUUCUUAGGUAUGAUAUUGCUUUAAAUGUAUAGUGCAGAUGGGGCCUAAAAGCCACAUUCAUUCAUUCCACUUAUAUCUUUUGCCCCAAUGAGCUGAAAAUGGUGUACACAGUUACCCCCUCAUUUAAUCCCCACAACACCCUUGCUGAGUGAAAUUAAACCCUUUUUAUUUUGUAUUAAUUAACACAAUGGUUAUGCUUCUCUUCCACAACUGUACUCCUGUUAUAAAAGAGAAAUGGUGGGUUCUGUUUUGUUUCCCAGAGGGACACCCUGGAAGCCUCUCUGGCUGAAACAGAGCACCGCUACAACAACCACCUGGGCGAGCUUCAGGAGCGCAUCUCCUGCCUGGAGCAGCAGCUGGCAGAGCUGCGCUCAGAAAUGGAGUGCCAGAACCAUGAAUACACGGAGCUCCUGGAUGUUAAAAGCCGGCUGGAGCAGGAGAUUGCUACGUACCGCUGCUUGCUGGAGGGCGGGCAGCAUGAUAUAGUGUAAGUAGUGUGCAGAGACGUCAGUCACCUCCAGACCGUCAAUGUUUUGCUGGUGGGAUUCAAGCGCCUACUGGAAAUGUAGUUUCGUGCAGUUGAAGCUGAUUAACGCAGCUUAACAAAUGCACUUUUCCAAAAGGGACUUUUUAAAGGAUGGGGGAGUAAUUCAGGCCAGCGUGCGCUUAAAGACAAACCUACCCAAUCCGCACUUCUCAAAACUGAAACACAGGCAUUUUUCAAAUUUUUCACUUUGCUGAUUUUGCAGUGCAAUUCUUCAGUCGAGUAACAACAACAACAACAGCAACAACAAUCUAUUAUUUAUACCCUGCCCAUCUGGCUGGUUUUCCCCAGCCACUCUGGGCAGCUCCCAACAUAAUACAGUACUAAAAACACGAUAAAACAUCAAACAUAAAAAACUUCCCUAAACAGGGCUGCCUUCAGAUGUCCUCUAAAAGUCAGAUAGUUGUUUAUUUCCUUGACAUCUGAUGGGAGGGCAUUCCACAGGGCGGGCGCCACUACCAAGAAGGCCCUCUGCCUGAUUCCCUGUAACUUCACUUCUCGCAGUGAGGGAACUGCCAGAAGGCCCUCGGAGCUGGACCUCAGUGUCCAGGCUGAACGAUCGGGGUGGAGACACUCCUUCAGGUAUACUGAGUAAUGUCUAUAGAAAUGUGUGCUCUCUCUCUCACACACAAAAUGCUAAGUGCUUAUUUUUAUUAAAGCAUCUAGUUCUUUUGGAUGUGGGAACUCAAGAGUCAAAUCCUUGCUCUGCUCUGAAGCAGUUUGGGUAAUCUUGGGUGAGCCGUUCCUUCUUAAGUCAAACCCAACUCACUGGUUUUUUGUGUGUGUGAAGGCAAAAGCACUGCCCUAAACUCCUUGAAGGAACAGCAAGCACUUAAUAAAGAGUUAAGCGUUAAUCCUCGCCACUUAUAACCUGAUUAGUUUCAGGGCAUCUAUGUCACCUCUAUGAGAAGGAUCAUACUAGGGUGUGGAACAGUUCACAGGUCCUCCUCUUUCGGCCCAUCAAUCUCUCCCCAGGCCUUUCCCACUUUCCUUGGCUUCCUUUCUCCCACUGCUGAGUUUAAUCUAUAAUAAGAUGAAUAGCAUGCAAUGCCCAAUUAUUUUCAGAUUGCAGCUCAGCUGUGAGGAAGAGGGAACAUGACUAAGUCCGGCUGCCAUGCUGCCUUUGGAGAAAGGGCUUAAAGGAUCACACUCUUUUUCAGUGGACAGUUUGCUAUGCUUUCAUGCCGCACAGUGAAAAAGGGACCUCGUUUUUCACCGCACAGCGUGGUAUCGAUUAGGGUUGCUGCCUUAUUAUUGAAUAUAGGAUUUAGCAUCAUGUAUCCAAGUCAUGGGAGGUAAUAAGCUGCAAUCAAGUCCAUAUGCUGCACAGUUCAUUUUAGGACACGAAUGUGCCCCUUCUCCAGGAUACUCUUCAGAUGCUAGAUUUAAUAUCUUAUUUGUUUCAUAGAUAGCCUGCGGUCCCCUUGACAAACUCAGAGUGCUUUGCAUCAGGUUUCCAGGAAGUCUUUCAUCCAGGCGACUUACAUAAUAGUUUCAGGACUGUGUCGCCUGUGGUCUUAAGACACACUUCGCCACCUCCUUGCUAAAGCUAAGCAGGUCUGAGUCCGGUCAGUGCCUGAAUGGGGGACCCCUGAGGAGAUACACACAUACUGCCUUGGAUUCUACAAUGGAAAAAAGAUAGAAAAUACAUGUAAGCAAGUUAAUAAAAAAAGACAAAUAAGCUGUUCCCUAAGCAUCAGAUCUCCCAUCAGAUGUUGAGAAGUGGAUGUUGAGAACUUUCAUGGAUGCUUUAGUGAUGAUUCUGGCAUUGCAGGAGGUUGGACUAGAUGACUCUCAGGGUCCCUUCCGAUUCUACGAUUCUGUGACUAAGUGCAGGUGCAAGUGAUUCUUACACCCACACAAUCUUCUCCAGCUUAUAAGGAAAUAUUCAGCUUAGAUAGAACAGCAGCUGAUGGCCGAUGCACGGGGCUGGGGCCUUCCUGCUGCUGUAUUUUGUCAGAACUGAUUUGUAGCCUCGCUGAUCAAGACUCUUCUUCUUUCUCUGCAGUGGUGGAGGGGGAGGAGCGGUUAGAUCCAGCAGCACAUCAGGUGGACGAUCUGGCGAAGUUCGGACAUCCCACACUUACGUGACCCAUUCUGCAGGUCAUGCCUGCCACGGGGGCCAUUUACACCACUAGAUCGCAGGAACGGAACGCAUAAGGUAAGAAAUGUCCCCCAUUCUGUUCUAGCCUUUGCAUCCCCAACGCCUAUAAGGAAAUGGGGGUGGGGGAACUCUGAAGCAUUUGGUCCCUGUGUCAUGUGCUGGCACAAAAGCAGUGCCUGGGGUAGAACCAGGUCCUCCAAAAGCACUGAAAUCAGGAGUGGGGAACCUGUGGCCCUCCAGAUGUUGAUUACUGGCCAUGCUGGAGGCCAAUAGGGGUUAGAGUCCAACAACAUCUGGAAGGCCGUUGAUUCUGGAUUGAGUUGAAAUUCUGACUGAGGUUCAAGCAGAUGGUGGUGUAAGAACAGGCCAAAGAUCAGAGCUAUGAUGUUUUGUGUAUGUAUUAUUAUUUACAGCAAGUAAAAUGUCUUAAGCCCUGCCUAUGGGCUUGCAAUUAAAAAAAUAUGUCAAGGAAGGAAAAAUGGAUGGGAAGGAAAGAGGAAGAUAAGCAAAUUCAGGCACAAAGCUGGUGAAGGGGGCCCUGGAGUCCCAAUCUCACAUAUGCAGUUAUAGAAACCUAGGAGCUGACAUACUUGAACCACAGAGUGAUAGUUUCUCAACUGACUGAGUCGUGUGGUUUCCUUAGAGUGACAAUUCCUGGUCCACUGGAUAAUGUCUAGGAUCUGCUGCUCUAAAGCCUAGUUUCCAUAUGCAUUUUUUUCCCCAUUUGCAUUCAGAGCUAUAAAAAGACGCUAUCUCUAAAUGGGCCAAUCAUUGUUUCGAGAGUUUUUGAGUUUCUGGGCUUUAUGGAGCAGAGCCGUCUUUGAGAAUAAGGAAGUAGGAGAAGAAAAUUAUUCGAACUAACACAACUACACCUUGAGCUUAUUGCAAAUCUGUGCAGUUAUUUUAGUUUCUGAGACAGUUAUGUGUGUCUUAGAGAUAGUGGUGACGGGGGCAUAGCAAGAACCACGUGGGUGAACUGCCUGGUCACAGAUCGGCAUGCUAUGAACUAUUUUACAAUACCUACAACUGGAUAGUAAUGGAUCUCUGAUUUGCUGAAUGAUGCAGUCAUCUAAAAUGUAUUAUGUGUACAUGAACUUAAAAUGUUUUCUGUUGAAUGGAAUGGUAAUGGACAGCACCAUUGAUGCUUUUUUUUGCCAUAGUAAUUCAAUCUUGUUUUUCCUUAUCUUUUCUAGAAAACUGCCGGAGAAUGGGCAGAGAGCAUGCUACCUGCAAGAAGUAGCUCAUCCAAGCUGUUGUUGGUCCAUCUGCCCAGCGGUAUCCUUCAAAGCUGAUCAGAUGCCCUACUUCACUGUCUCCUUUGCUACUUCCCCAUUAUUUUGCAGCAUGCCAUUUGUCCAGACUCUUGUUUCUCACCCAUCAUGCAUCAGUGCCGUGGUUGGCAACCUGCUGACCACCGAAAACAAAAGAAGUCCAAAAAAAUAAAUAAACCCCUUGCUUUUCUCUUGAUGCCACCCAAGGCCUCUGCGUACAAAAUUGUUGUUGUUUUUCUUCUUAUCCAAACGUUAUAAAAAAUCAUAUGGAGAAUGCUGAGCCCUCCCCGCCAAUAUACCUCAGGUUACAUACGCUUCAGGUUACAUACGCUUCAGGUUACAGACUCUACUAACCCAGAAAAGUGCUUCAGGUUAAGAACUUUGCUUCAG